AUGGCACACGGUGCAGAGGAUUGCGCAACUGUCCUAGAACAGUUUGUCCAUGAUGUGGCAAAUCUUCCGGCUGAGAUCAACCACCUGAUGGAAGAAAUUCAGGCCAAGGACAAGGUCAUGCAGGAGUGCCGCGCCAUUAUCAACUCGCGCGACAGCAGCAUCCAGAAAUUCAUCAAACUGAACGGCAGUCUGACGCCCAACCCGAAAGAAGAGCCAUAUGCCAAGACAAUUCUCCAGAAUAUGGAUAAGUCCCACGAGCUGCAGACUGAGAAGAUCCAGCUCAGUGAGAAGGCAUGCGUCCUCCUCGAUCGCCAGAUCAAGCGACUCGACGUGCGCAUUCGCGAACUGGUCAACGAAGGCCUGCUCACCAACGACCCGCCUCUCCCUUCCCUCUUCGACUCCAAAAACAAGUACCGCAAUCCACCCAAGGUCUUCUUCCCCGACUCCGCUCCUUCUGACUCCGCCGCCUACUCAACGCCUCUCAAUCCGACCUCCGGAAAUGCCAACACCAUCCUAGCUGCUGCGCAGCGCUUGAACCAAUCCACAGCCCCCCGUGUCCUUGGCGCCGCAGCCCAGCUUGGCCAAACUACAGCGCGCAGCUCUGCACCCGCGACACCAGCAGCAGCCGUCGUGCACCUUCAACAACGGCAACGGGAAUCCUCUGCCGGAGCAGUAGACAGCAAGCGCCGCCGUCUGAAUCCUUCCCUCAACACCCUUCCUGUAGCAUCAUCAAAUCUGCGCCAGUCUUCCAUGGGCCCAGGAACACCGAAGCCCGGCACGCCGGCUGGUAGCCGUGCAGGCAGCGUUGGUCCCCGAGCCAGCAUUGGCAUCAAGAAGGCACUCACCAAGAAGGUCGCGCCGCACCAGCAAGUCAAGAAACUUAAGACUGCAAGCGGCAAGCCUAUCAAGCGCUCUUCCAGUGCUAGUGCUCGCAUCAAGGCUUCGAAGAAAUCGCCCAAUGGCGAGGGUGAUGAGGAUGAUGAUUCUAUGCUCAGCAGUGCUGAUACAUCGGACUCGGAUAAGAGUGAUGGUGCUGCGGAUGAGGAUGUUGACGACGAGGAUGAGGAUGAGGGUAACGAAGACUCGAAGGUCUAUUGUACCUGUCGCACUGUCAGCCAUGGAGACAUGGUGGCUUGCGACAAUGAUGAUUGUCCCUAUGAGUGGUUCCACUGGAAGUGUGUUGGCCUGACGCGCGAGCCGGUAGGAACCUGGUACUGUGAUGAGUGCAGGCGUACAUUGGGGAAAUAG